AUGCUUAUAUCAUCUAUUCGAAAUAUCAAACAACAUUCAGCUGAUAGUGCUUAUUCGACAACAACCGCUGGUUCAGCUGAAUCAAAUUAUAGUCAACAAUCAUCGGAAAGUUUAGAUGGUGAAACAGUUGAAAGAGAACGAGAACCAAAAGUACCAACCACCACAAGUGGUCUAUCAUCAAUCAAACCUCGUGAUCAAACACGCUCAGCAACGGAUGCACUUGAACGAUGCAAAACAAAACCUGUUGCUUUUGCAGUUCGAACAAAUAUUGAAUAUAUACCAUCACCCGAUGAUCUUUGUCCUAUUUCCAAAGCAGCUAUUGCUUUUCAACCAAAAGAAUUUCUACAUAUAAAAGAUAAAUUUAACAAUGAUUGGUGGAUAGGUCGAAUAGUUAAAGUUGAUGCUCCACUUGGUUUUAUUCCAAGUCCAGCUAAAUUAGAAAUGAUUCGUAUACAAUCAAAUAGAAAAAAUAAAAAUCAACCACAAUCAUUAUCAAAUACAAUACCACGUAUCAAAGCAUCGACACAAAGCCUUGAUGCUAUCGAUCAGAAUAUUCCUGGAUUUGGUGAUGAUACAUUAGGCAAUGAUGAUGAUGGUGAUAGUCUUACAAAAUCAAAAUUAAAUAUUAAUACUACUAAAGAUAAAAAGAAACCAUUUUUCAAAAAGACUGUAAACAUUACUCCUUAUGAUGUUGUACCCAAUAUGCGUCCUGUUGUAAUUGUUGGUCCGUCUUUAAAAGGCUAUGAUGUAACUGAUAUGAUGCAAAAAGCUGUUUUCGACUUUUUAAAACAUCGUUACGAAGGUCGAAUAAUUAUAACACGUGUAGCAGCUGAUAUAUCUCUUGCUAAACGUGGUCUUUUAAAUAAUCCAUCGAAAAUUGCACUUAUUGAACGUGGUACAUCAUCAAAUGCUGGUGCUCACUCAUCGGGAACAUCAUCAGGUACAGUAGGUCCCUUGGGCACAAACCGUUCAACUGGUAUAAAAGAAGUUCAUGAUGAAAUCGAACGUAUAUUCGAAUUAGCACGAAGUCUUCAACUAGUUGUACUUGAUUGUGAUACAAUAAAUCAUCCAACUCAACUACAAAAGACAUCUCUCGCACCAUUAGUUGUUUAUUUAAAAGUUGCAUCACCAAAAGUUUUACAAAAAUUAAUUAAGUCACGUGGCAAAAGUCAACAUAGAAAUCUUAAUGUACAAUUAGUUGCUGCCGAUAAAUUAACACAAUGUUCUGCAGAUAUGUUUGAUUUAAUAUUAGAACAAAAUCAAUUGGAAGAUGCUUGUAACAGUUUAGCCAGUUUUUUGGAUAUUUACUGGAAUGCUACGCAUCCAAAAUUAGACGAAAGAAACGAAGCUAUGCAUGAUUCAAUACAUGUGCCUCCACGUCCAACAGCCAACUUAAUCGCUCAUAUACCACAAAUAAUUCCUCCGGGAACAGUACCUGCUAUAACAACAACAGCUGCACGCCUUCUUCCAUCAUCACCACUUGUGAACGAUAUAACACAAUCGCAUCUAUUACCUCAACGAACACCAUCACAACUGUCAACUAGUAGAUACGGAACUGGAAGUACCGGAGGAGGUCUUCUUCAAAGGAGACCUUCAACAAUAACUCCUGAUUAUUAUCGACAAGCACCACCAGCACAACCACCGUUGCCACAACCACCUGUACCUGCCUAUGAUGACGAACGUUUUGCCCAUUAUGAAAUGGCCAACUUUCGAUAG